CUCUGGACAUUACUGUUGAGUCUGAUUUCAUGGUUAAAUUGGGAAUCAAUUCCUUGAGAGUCUACUACAGAAGAGAGCAUCCAUCUCUUUACAAAACUAAUACUACCUCCUCCUAUUCCUCAUUCAAAACAUUCACCGUCUCUGCAUUUCUAUCUAAUACAGUUGAAUUAGAACAAGCAAAACGCACCACCACCAAAAUAAUCACUUUUUCACGGAUUUUUCAAGAAUGUUCAAACAAGAAAUUACUAAUACAUGUAGGGAAGCAAGCUCAUUCCCAGAUGAUAACAACUGGAUUUGUUCCAACAACUUUUGUUACGAAUUGUUUGAUUCAUAUGUACAUCAGAUGCUCGAUUUUAGAUUACGCAUCUAAAGUAUUCGAUGAAAUGCCUAAUCCAGAUGUAGUGUCGUCGAACGCGAUGAUAUCUGGUUACGCCAGGUAUGGUUACAUGGAUCUUGCACAUUCUGUUUUUGAUUCAAUGCUGGUAAGAGAUGUCAUCUCAUGGAACUCUUUGAUUUCGGGGUAUUUGCAGAAUGGUUAUUACUCCAAACCUAUUGUUUUGUUCUUGCAAAUGGGACAAAUGGGUAUAAGACCUGACCAUACAACUUUUUCUGUUAUUCUCAAAUCGUGUUCUUUCUCGGAGAAUCUUGAUUUAGGAAAUCAGAUGCAUUGUCUUAUAGUCCAGAUGGGUUUCGACUGUGAUGUGGUAACUGGGAGUGCUCUUUUAGAUAUGUAUGCAAAAUGUAAAAGCUUGACGGAUGCCAAUUGUGUUUUUCGUGAAAUGCCACUACGGAAUUGGGUUUCUUGGAGCGCAAUGGUUGCUGGCUGUGUUCAUAAUGAUCAGCUCUUGGACAGUUUUGAGCUGUUCAAGGAGAUGCAAAGAGAAGGAAUAGGAGUCAAUCAAUCUACUUAUGCAAGUAUUUUGAGGUCUUGUGCAGGUUUAUCUUCAUUGUCAUUAGGAUCUCAGAUGCAUGCCCAUACUUUAAAGAACGAUUUUGGAACCGAUGCUAUAGUAGGAACAGCAACUCUAGACAUGUAUGCAAAAUGCAAUAAUCUGAGAGAUGCUUUAAGGGUUUUCAAUUCUUUGCCGAACCAUAAUUUGCAGUCAUGGAAUGCUAUUAUCGUUGGCCAUGCUAGAAAUGAUCAAGGUUUUAGUGCUUUACAAUUAUUCAGGCGUAUGCACAUAACUGGGGUUGGUAUGGACGAGAUUAGUUUUUCCGGUGUUUUUAGUGCCUGUGCAGCGAUCCAAGGGCAUCUAGAGGGGUUACAGAUGCAUGGGUUAGCAGUUAAAAGUGGUUUUGACUCAAAUGUCUGUGUAGAAAAUGCAAUGUUGGACAUGUAUGGAAAAUGCAAAUCUCUGGCUGAAGCUCGUAGAGUAUUUGAUAUGCUGGAAAGAAGAGAUCUUGUAUCUUGGAACGCAAUUAUAGCAGCUUAUGAACAGAAUGGAAAUGAAGAGGAAACACUUUUGCUCUUCUUUAGAAUGAUUAGGUCAGGCAUGGAACCUGACCAAUUCACUUAUGGUAGUGUAUUAAAGGCCUGUGCAGGUUGGGAAGCUCCAAACCGUGGAAUGGAGAUUCAUGAUAGAGUCAUUAAAUCAGGACUCAGCUCAGAUAUGUUUGUUGGAAGUUCUCUCAUAGAUAUGUACUGUAAAUGUGGUAUGAUUGAAGAAGCAAAGAAGCUCCAUGAAAGAAUGGGGAAACAUACAGUCGUGUCAUGGAAUGCAAUGAUAUCUGGAUUUUCAUUACAGAAACAAAAUGAGAAUGCUCAAAAAUUAUUUUCCCAGAUGUUGGACAUUGGAUUAACACCUGAUAAAUUUACUUAUGCAACUGUUCUUGAUACUUGUGCUAAUAUGGCUACGAUUGGACUUGGUAAACAAAUUCAUGCUCAAAUUAUUAAGAAUGAGUUGCAAAAGGAUGUUUACAUUUCAAGCACUCUUAUAGAUAUGUAUUCGAAGUGUGGUAACAUGGAAGAUUCUCUGUUAAUGUUUGACAAAAUGCAUGAAAGAGAUUUUGUGUCAUGGAACGCUAUGAUCUGUGCAUGCGCUCAACAUGGUCUUGCAGAAGAGGCUAUUAAUGUAUUUGAAAACAUGAAACUUGAAAACGUUAAGCCUGGCAGUGCCAGUUUUAUAGCAGUACUUCGGGCUUGUGGCUAUAUGGGCUGGUUUGAAGAAGGAUCGCGUUACUUCCAAUCUAUGGUAGACGAUUAUGGGUUAGAACCUCAGUUGGAGCAUUAUUCAUGUAUGGUGGAUAUAAUUGGACGGUCAGGACGAGUCAAGGAGGCUUUGAAGAUGAUCAAUGAGAUGCCAUUUGGGGCGGAUGUUGUAGUUUGGAGAACCCUUCUCAGUGUUUGUAAAAUUCACGGGGAUGUUGAGGUUGCAAAACUUGCAGCAAGUUCGAUUAUGCAGUUAGAUCCUCAAGAUUCUGCUGCCUAUAUUCUUUUAUCGAAUGUUUAUGCUGAAGCAGGACUGUGGAGUGAAGUUUCUAAAAUGAGAAAGAUAAUGAGGGAGAGAGGAAUGAAAAAAGAACCAGGUUGCAGCUGGAUAGAAGUGAAGAGCAAGGUUCAUCCGUUUCUUGUAGGGGAUAAAUCUCACCCUGAGUGUGUAGAAAUGUAUAAUAGGCUGGAUACACUGGUUAAAGAGAUGAAAUGGGUUGGUUAUAAUCCUGACAAGUAUCUUAGUUUUAACGACGAGGAAGAUGAGAAAGAAGAGUAGCAGCACUUCCAAAGGCGAGUUUUUUGGUGCCACACAGUCUACAAGAAAGUUAUUUGGAGGUGCAUUACUUCGGGAAGAUUAUGAAAAUCAUGGAUCACCUAAUGUAUCAAAGGGAAGUAAAGAUAGAUUCGGCCAAGCGACAUACCAAAUUGGCAAAGAGACAGAGGCCUGACUUUGUGCAUAAGAUAAUCGUAGCAUUUGGGAAGCAGCUUUGGGGAAAUGCAUCGUGUUGUGUACGUCAAAGAACAAAAUAAAUCCAAACUCUAAACAAGAACUAGGAACGGAUGGUUUUGUGCUUUCCUCACAUCUAGAUGUUCAACGAUGCACCUUUUCAAUCUCUGGAAUUGAAGUCAGUCGAAACUCAGAAAGUUUCAAGCUGGGGAGAGAUCACAAACAGAAGAUGCAGAAGUAGAGAACUCCAAACCUGGUGGCUGGUGGUUCUGAGAGUAACAACUUUAAGGCUCCAUUCUUUCAGACUGAAGAGACAAGGAACCUGAAGGUAUAUUAUGAAUUCUGGCUUAAUUACAAAGGGGUGUAUUAUAAAAAAUAAAGAAAAUGAGGGGGUAUUGUUUUAGUUCCUUAUUAUAAUGUAGCUGUUGAGAGUGGUCGCGAUCCUCGACCAUAUCCAGAUCUAGAACAUUCAUGUAAUUUGUAGUGUA